AGCAUAAUUCGUUUUCUUCUUCAUCUUCUUUCUAUUCAACAAAUACCAUCUCAUAUCUUCUAUCAUAUACCAUUUUAAUUUCUGAAAAACCAUAGCAUUUAUUUUAUUUUUAAUACAAUAUGGCUGAAAUUGAAAUUCCACCAUAUUUUGUAUGUCCAAUUUCAUUUCAAAUCAUGAAAGAACCCGUGACAACAAUAACGGGCAUAACAUACGACAAAGAAAGCAUCGAAAAGUGGUUAAUGAAAGCCAAAAAUUGUGUUUGUCCUGUAACCAAUCAAUCACUACCAAGAAGUUCAGAGUAUUUGACACCAAAUCACACUCUUAAAAGGCUAAUUCAAGCUUGGAUUUCAUCCAAUGAAGCUAAAGAAGUUGAUCAAAUUCAAUCUCCAAAAUCUUCUAUUAAUAGGACACAUCUUAAUAAACUUGUUAAGAAUCUUGAGCUUCCUCAUUGCUAUGAAAAUUCAAUGGAGAAGAUUCAUGAGCUUGCUAAACAGAGUGAGAGAAACAGAACAUGCAUGGUUGAAGUUGGUGUAACCAAGGUUAUGGUUAUGGUAAUUAAAAAAAGUUUCAAAGAAGGAAAUGUUAUUUGUUUGGAAGAAGGUUUGAAAAUUAUUCGACUUUUGUGGCAUGAAAGCAUGAAUAAAAACAUGAUGAAGCCUUUGGUUGGAGAAAACAUUGAAUUCAUCAACUCUUUGACUUGGAUUUUGCAACUUCACAUUGAAAAUAACAAUUUCAAAAUAGUAAAUGAAGCUAUGCCACUAUUAAAGUUGACAAUUGAUGUUAUGGAUUCAACCCUUUUAGGAAAUUUAAACAUUGAUUUUUUCAUAGCAAUGGUUAGAGUACUUCAAAAGAGAGCAUUAUUCUCUAAACAAGCUAUUAAAUCGGCUUUACAUGUGCUUAUCGAUACCUACCCUUUGGGUAGAAAUCGAAUAAGGAUCGUGGAAGCAGGUGCGAUUACCGAACUCAUUGAACUUGAGCUCGAAAAACCGGAAAAGAAUGUGACUGAACUUGUGUUUAAUCUUUUGGCACAUUUGUGCUCGUGUGCUGAUGGAAGAGAACAAUUUUUGAGACACGCAGCGGGUAUAGCAAUGAUUACGAAGAGGAUUCUUAGGGUUUCGACCGCAACUGAUGAUCGAGCGAUUCAAGUGAUUUUUAUGAUUGCAAGAUAUUCGAGUUCAAAAGAUAUUGUUUUAGAGAUGUUGAGAGUUGGAGCAGUUUCAAAGCUUUGCAUGGUAAUGCAAGCGGAUUGUUCUUCUUACUUGAAAGAGAAAGCAAGAGACAUACUUAGGUUACACUCCUCUACUUGGAAUAAUUCUCCUUGCAUACAAGUGUACUUAAUGACUAGGCACCAAAGGUGAUCAAAUAUUUAAAAAAAAUAUAUUUUUUAUUUAUUUUGAAAUGGUAAAUUAUUCAAAUGUUUAAAACUAGUAGAGCAUGUAAGGGUUUAAAUUGCUUUGAAGGGUGGUUCUUGGCAAGUUUUGUAUAUUAUGAAUAUUGUGUACAUCCAUGUCGUGUAAUUAUAUCCUAAUUUUGUAUUAUUA